UAUGUUCCCCCAACUUCUUAAACCCUCGGCCCCAAAACCCUACCUACAGUCAACAGUCUCUCUCUGUCAUCGACAUGGCAGCAGUUUUCCGUCUUCGCCGCUCGCUAUCUCUAUCUUCUCUCCUCACGCACCAACUCACUCCGUCUCCCUCUUCCUCUUGUAUCUCAUCCCAUUCUCACCUCCACACUCUCUCUAAACCCAAAACCCGAAUUCCAAACCCCACCAUUCCUUCCUCUCCCUUUAAACCUCACCUUCAGAAAUUCCAGUCCUUUGCCUUCUCUUCUUCAUCAGGUUCAAAUCGAUUGGGCGAUGAUGGAAAGAUCUCACCGGACACCAUUUUGUUUGAGGGCUGCGAUUACAAUCACUGGCUCAUCACCAUGGAUUUCCCCAAAGACCCGAAGCCAACACCUGAAGAAAUGGUGGAGACCUAUGUGCAAACCUUAGCUAAGGUGGUUGGAAGUGUGGAGGAGGCUAAGAAGAGAAUGUAUGCAUGUAGUACAACUACUUACAAUGGGUUUCAAGCUGUGAUGACAGAAGAAAUGUCUGAAAAGUUUCGAGGUUUACCUGGUGUUGUCUUCAUUUUGCCUGAUUCAUAUAUCGAUCCUGUAAACAAGGAAUAUGGAGGUGACAAAUACAUCAAUGGAACAAUCAUCCCUCGGCCUCCUCCUGUCCAGUAUGGGAGGCAAGGAAGAUAUGGUGGUCGAAAUCAGAACUAUGACAGGGCUCGUUAUGACAGGCCAAGGGAACCAAUGCCAAUGAAUCAGGGUGAAUCCACACAAGGAGAUCGAAGGGAUCCUCCUCCAUUCGAUCGCCAAAGUUCCAUGCAAGGUGAUGGACGGGGUUAUGCCCCUCCACCUCCACCCCGAAAUGUGCAAGAUGGGAGGGUUUAUGCUCCACCACCUAGUAAUAACUAUGGGCAAGGGGAGAGGCAGGAUUUUAGCCCAAUGGGCAAUAGGGAUUUUGGGCAAGGUGAGAGAAGAGAUGCACCACCAAUAGGUGGUCAGGGUUAUGCUCCUACAGGAAGAGAUAACUUCCAAGGUGGUAUUAGAGAUAACUAUCAAGGUGGUUAUCCACCUGCAGGAAGAGAUGGCUUUCAAGGAGAUCGAAGAGAACCCCCACCUAGUUACCCGAAUUAUGGAGAGAGAGGAAACUAUGCGCAAGGAGAGAGAAGGGGACCAGGGGUUGGUUAUCCACCACCUCAGCAGGGAGAAUUUAGAGAAGGGGUUCAAAGAGAUUACAGGCAGGGACCAGGUCAGCAGGGAGAAUUUAGAGAAGGGGUUCAAAGAGAUUACAGGCAGGGACCAGGGGUUGGUUAUCCGCCACCAGGGCAGAGUUAUGCGGGGCCAGGAGAAGGGAACAGGUUUUCCCCUGAGGAUUACAGGGAUGACGUGCAAGGAGAUCAAAGGAACUAUGCUCCUGGGCAGUGGGGGCCUGGGCAGGGACGGCCUUGAGAUUACUGUCUUAAAAGAGGAUCCGGAAGCGCUUCAGCAGAGAUGAAAGUAGAACCAGACUUAGGAAGAAAUGGUUUUCCUUUCAGUUUGGAACACAUCCAUAAAAACGCCGUCUGAGUAAAUGACUCUCAUUUGAUACUCUUGGUUGUGCGUAUAAUUUUGUAAGUAAUAGUUUGCGAAUGGAAGUUGUUAUUAUUGCAAACAUUUGAAACACUAUUCUGCAGUCUAAUCAACCCAUGUCUUGUGGUUCCUUUAAGCCCAUGCGAUGUUCUUUGGA